AUGGAAAAUCUUUUGCGAUGGGGCAUUGAACACUCUGCCGGGCAGCAGUCUACAUCCACUCCACCACGGAGAGAUCUAGAUCCAGGAGUCAUAGAUGCGAUUCUUGGAAAGUCUGACUCUCAAAUGAUGAAGGAGGCUUUAACAGUCGCAGUGGACGAGACAAGGAACGAGGAUGACAGAAUACAGGCGCUAGAUGAUUUCGAAAUGCUUGUCGAACAAAUUGAUAACGCAAAUAAUGUAGAUAAAAUGAAGAUGUGGGAACCACUGCAUGGGCUUCUCACCUCGUCUUCCUCGACCGAUGAAAUCAAGAUGCAAGUUCUUUGGAUUAUUGGGACGGCGGUGCAAAAUAACCCCUCUGCUCAGGCUUCGUAUCUCUCUUUGAAUCCCGCAUCGACCUUAGCUGCCUGUCUUGACUCCUCGGUCAGGUCAGACAAGUUAAGGUCAAAGGCGGUAUAUGCACUGUCCGGCUUGUUAAAACACAAUGCGCCCGCGGUGAGACAAUUUCAAGAUGCCGGCGGUUGGGAAGCGCUUAAGGCUGCACUCGGAGAUUCAGAUAUUACAGUCCGACGGAAAGUGGCAUUCUUACUGAAUACACUCCUUCUUCCCACCACAUUAGUCCCUCAGCAUCAACGGAAUGAUUUAGGUUCCGACGCAAUUCCAUCCCCAGCAGAGAGCAGCGAGCCGAUACACCCAAAUUCGCAUGCCUCUAUGCAGGCAGAUCCGUCAUCAUUUUCUACCUCCCCUGCAACCUUUCAGGCUCUGACUGCACAUGGGUUGUUACCGGCGUUAAUUUCGUCCUUGACGUCGCCCACCCCCUUCGGCGCUGAUGGCGAUCGCGAGGAGGACGCUGAUUUCGAGGAGAAACUCGUCAGGUUACUUCACACAUAUGUUACAUUAUGUCACGGCAGAUUUUCUACACAGCAGAAAAAUGAGCUCUCAGCAUAUGUGAAAGCACAAACUGCUAGAGCAGGUAAUGAAUCCGAUCUGGCAGAUCGAUGGGGUUUAGCUGCCGAUGAAUUGCAGAGCCUGAAGGAUGCCAUUGCAUAUUGA